GCCUAUCGCAUAGCGAACAAAUCUUAGUUACCAUUCGUACAUGUCAUAAUACAGCGAGUUUCGUUCUUGUUGACACGUGUUUUACUAUUACAAUGUGGUUCCUAUGGAUAUUAGCGACUUUGUUACUGAUAAAAGUGUUAAAUAAAUUGUCAAAUGGAAGGUGUUACGCGGACACUGUGAUGGCCGGAAAAGUAGUUAUAGUGACUGGUGCGAACAAUGGAAUAGGAUAUGCAACAGCUCUAGAGCUGGCUAGACGGGGAGCCAAAGUAAUUGUUGCCUGUCGAAACGACGACAGGGGUGAAGCUGCUGCGGCGUCUAUCACAAAAAGAACUGGAAAUAAAAGUGUCAAAUAUAUACAUUUGGAUCUCAGCUCCUUUGACUCGAUCAGGAAAUUUGUCGAAGAGUUUAAGAGCACGGAAGCGAAGUUGGACGUUUUGAUAAACAACGCUGGAGCGGGCGGUUUGGGUAGGAAGAAGACGGCCGACGGGAUAGUCAGAGACAUGCAAGUGAAUCAUUUCGGACCGUUUUUGUUGACGUUACUCCUGGUGCCUGUUCUGAAGAAAUCAGCGCCGAGUCGUGUUGUCAUAGUCUCAUCUAUGUUACACAAAUUAGGAACUAUCGAGAGAAUCAAUGAGGAGAAUGCUUACAAUUAUUUUCAGACUUAUUGCAAUAGUAAAUUGUGUAAUGUGUUGUUUAGCAAUGAGCUGGCGAGAAGGCUGGAAGGCACUGGAGUUGUUGUGAACAGUCUACAUCCAGGUCAAGUGAAUACUUCGUUAUAUAAAGCGACGAUACUUGAAAAAUUGAGGAGUUUGGUGUUGUAUACUUUCUUCAAGAGUCCGGAGGAGGGAGCCCAAACGUCAAUCUAUUUGGCGGUGUCGGACGAGUGCGAUGUUGUGACUGGAAGGUACUUUGCCGAUUGCGAAGAGGGGAAUAUGUCCUCUAAGGCCAGGGACGAAGGAUUAGCAAAAAUACUGUGGUCUAUGUCCGAGAAACUGGUUAAAUUACGACCAGAAGAAGCCAUUUGAUUCGUCUCUCGAGUUUAUUUUUUAUAGAAAUAUUGACGUCAAAUUAUAUAACGAAGUUGACAUGCUCGUGAGCGACCUAAUUCGCACAAGUAAAUUAAAAUGCCUUGUAAAACUAAUUUAUUAAGUUAUUUAUUACAAUUGUGAUAUUUUUGUACGUGUAUACGUUUGUUAUCUUAGUUUAAGCGUUAAAUCGGAAUCAGAAACAAAGAAAAAUGUUUCAAUGAUAAAUGUGAUAAAUACUGAA